AUGGCGAUUGAGUUCAUUCUCCUCGUGAAUAAGCAAGGACAGACGCGCCUAGCCCAGUAUUCGAACUUUAUGUCUAUUGCUGAGCGUACAGCUCUUGAGGGUGAGGUUGUGCGGAAAUGCUUGCAGAGGCGCGAAGCAGACUGCAGCUUCCUAGAACACCUGCAUUACAAAAUAAUAUAUCGUCGCUAUGCAUCUCUCUUCUUCAUUGUGGGCGUCACCAACAGACACUCAUCCACUGUACCAGCAAAUGCGAAUGGUGGGGUGCCCACAGGGGCUCCGUCGAGCAGCGGUGCCCCAGUAACACAAUCAGCGGAGGCAGGUGAUGGAGAGGACGUGCAACAGGAAGGGGAACUAGCAAUGUAUGAGUUCAUCCAUCUGCUGGUGGAGACGCUUGAUAAAUAUUUUGAAAAUGUGUGUGAAUUGGACGUCAUGUUCAAUGUUGAAAAGGCACAUUUUAUCCUGGAGGAGAUGUUCGUCAACGGCGGUGUGGGGGAGACAAACAAGGUGCUUAUCUUGCAACCGCUAGUGCUAAUGGACAGAGAGCCCCGCAGAGUGUAG